GAUUCUUUCUAAAGUUUUUCCUCAAGUGCAAUCAGAACUGUUUGAAGAAUGCAGGCAACCCGCGAGACAUGCGAAGAUUCCAGGUUGUUGUAUCAACAACAGUCAAUGUGGAUGGCCACGUGCUGGCUGUCUCAGACAACAUGUUUGUACACAACAAUUCCAAACACGGGAGGCGGGCUCGCCGCCUUGACCCCUCAGAAGGUACGGCCCCUUCUUAUCUGGAAAAUGCUACUCCGUGCAUAAAGGCCAUCAGUCCUAGUGAAGGCUGGACUACUGGUGGGGCUACUGUCAUCAUAAUCGGAGACAACUUCUUUGAUGGCUUACAAGUCGUAUUUGGAACUAUGUUGGUCUGGAGUGAGCUGAUAACACCCCACGCCAUCAGAGUUCAAACACCACCACGGCACAUUCCAGGAGUUGUUGAAGUAACUCUUUCCUACAAAUCCAAACAGUUCUGCAAAGGUGCUCCCGGCCGGUUCGUCUACACUGCACUUAAUGAACCAACCAUAGAUUAUGGUUUUCAGAGGUUGCAGAAAGUUAUUCCACGACAUCCAGGUGAUCCCGAAAGGUUACCAAAGGAAGUAUUACUUAAGAGAGCAGCAGACCUUGUUGAAGCCCUAUACGGGAUGCCCCACAACAACCAGGAAAUCAUCCUGAAACGAGCAGCUGACAUUGCUGAGGCGUUAUACAGCGUGCCACGCAACCACAACCAGAUCCCCACUCUAGCCAACACUCCCGCUCACACCGGCAUGAUGGGAGUCAACUCCUUCAGCAGCCAGCUCGCCGUCAAUGUGUCCGAAACCUCGCAAGCCAACGACCAAGUAGGUUACAGUCGCAACACAAGCAGUGUUUCCCCGCGAGGAUAUGUUCCCAGCAGUACUCCUCAGCAGUCCAAUUACAACACAGUCAGCAAUAGCAUGAAUGGAUAUGGCAAUGCCGGCAUGCCCAAUCUAGGUGUACCAGGUUCCCCUGGAUUUCUUAAUGGCUCCUCAGCUAACUCUCCUUAUGGCA